CCGCGCCGGGCGGACCGGCGCGCUUGGCGCCACCGUGGCGGGUGGUGGUCGCCGGCCGGGAGCCGGGCCCAGGGAGGGAUGGCGGGCGGGCGGGCGGGCGAGCGAGCGAGUGGGCGGUGGGUGAGCCGAGCGCGGCUCCCGGAGCUUCUCCACGCAGGUCAGGUCGCACCGUGGGUUCCGCUGGGCGAGAUACCGGCGUGGCCCGGCCCGGCCCGGCUGGAGCCACACGGGCCCCCGUUGCAAACAGAAAUAAUUCUUGCCUCACGGGUGCGUGUCUUUCUUCUUGCCCCCCGCCCCAGGAGAAGCGGCAGUGUAAUGUGUCACAUCCCUGCGCUGCGUCCGGCUGCCAUCGUGGGGCCGGCGCCGCUCGGUGAGGCGCCGGGCGAGAGCUCCCCUGACACUCGUCAUUCGCUGUAUUCAGCGCCUCAUCCCAGCUCCAGCGCUUCUCCCUGCGACAAGGCUCCUUUCUACUGCACUAUUCGGUAGCCACCUUUGGUCUCUGAGGACAGUACGUGACCUGUGUAAAAAUGCUGCGAUAUUGGGGUGAGAUUCCGGUUUCAUCCAGCCAGGCCAACCGCAGCUCCUUUGACCUGCUUCAGCGUGAGUUCCGUACCGUGGAAGUCCAAGAUCCUCCUUUGCAUCAGCCAUCGGCCAACAAACCCCGUCCCACCACCAUGCUGGACAUCCCCUCGGAGCCCUGCAGCCUCACGAUUCACACCAUUCAGCUCAUCCAGCACAACCGGCGGCUGCGCAGCCUGAUCGCCAUGGCUCAGGCCCAAAACCAGCAGCAAGCGGAAGGCAUAAAAACUGAAGAGAACGAACCACUGCCAUCUUGUCCGGCCUCUCCGCCUCUCCCCGAUGACCUGCUUCCUCUGGAUAGCAAGACCCCCAAAAUGCCAUUUCAGCUGAGGCACAGUGACCCAGAGAGUGAUUUCUACAGAGGAAAAGGGGAGCCAGUGACUGAGCUGAGUUGGUCCUCCUGCCGGCAGCUUCUCUACCAGUCAAUGGCCACCAUCCUGGCUCACACAGGCUUCGAGUGUGCCAACGAGAGUGUCCUGGAGACCCUGACUGACAUUGCCCACGAGUACUGCUUGAAGUUCACCAAACUGCUGCGCUUUGCUGUGGAUCGAGAAGCUCGACUUGGGCACACCCCCUUCCCUGAUGUCAUGGAGCAGGUCUUCCACGAAGUGGGCAUUGGCAGUGUGCUCUCGCUGCAGAAGUUCUGGCAACACCGCAUUAAGGAUUAUCACAGCUACAUGCUUCAGGUUAGCAAGCAGCUCUCUGAAGAGUAUGAGAAGAUUGUCAACCCUGAAAAGGCAGCAGAAGACACAAAGCCUGUGAAGAUUAAGGAGGAACCUGUUAGUGAUAUUACUUUCCCCAUAAGUGAGGAGCUGGAAGGAGAUCUGGCUUCCGGUGACCAGUCUUUACCCGUUGGAGUCCUCGGAGCUCAAAGCGAGCGCUUCUCUGCCAACUUGGAAGUAGAAGCUUCACCACAGACUUCAGGGGCUGAGGUGAACGCUUCCCCACUCUGGAACUUGGCACAGGUGAAAAUGGAGCCACAGGAAAAUGAGGAGGCCAACGUACAUGGCCAUGGGGUCCUAGGCAGCGAUGUCUUUGAGGAACCGAUGUCAGGCAUGAGUGAAGCUGGGAUGCCACAGAGCCCUAAUGGCUCUGAGAGCAGCUAUGGUUCUCAUUCUGCUGACAGUCUGAUGGGAUCCUCACCUGUCUUCAACCAGCGCUGCAAGAAAAAGAUGAAGAAGAUGUGAAAAGAGACAGUCUUUUUAUUUAAUCCUGAUGGUAUGUAAUAGACUUGAAACAGAGAGCACUGUGAUGGCUAUGACUCAUAAAUAGGGCUGGCCCUGGUGUGUGAGAGACCUUGCAUAAAAUUAUUAUGAGACGUUUGAUGUGUAGUGCACUUCAACUGCCCUCUUUGCUGGCUUCUGUGCUCCAUCCUGACUUAUGAGAUUGAAGAUCGUCCUGUACAUUUGAUGGUGUCAUGGCUUGCUUUGGCAGAUUAAUGAGGAAGUUACCGGUGGAAAGUAGUUGUGAGAUUUGCUGAGUCAUAGAAUCAUUGAAUAAUUUGGUUUGAAGGGACAUCUUGAGGUUUCUAGUCUCUAGUCCAGCCCCCUGCUUGAAGCACAACCAAUUAGAGCAUGUUGCUCAGGGUCUUGUCCCGUUCAGUUUUGAGUAUCUCCAAAGGUGGUGAUGCCAAACCUCUAUGGGCAACUUUUUCUCAUAUUUGACUACCCUCAUAGUAAGAAAAAAUAUAUUCUUGCAUCUAGUUGGAAUUUCCCGUGUUCCGACUCAUGUUCAUUGCCUCUCAUUCUAUCACUGUUCAUCUCUGUGAAGGGUCUAACUCUGUCUUCUCUAACCUGCACAUUAAGUGGUUGUAUACAAUGAGAUCUUUUUUAGCCUUUGUUCCUCUUAAGUCUGAGGAAACCAGGCUCCCUCAGCCACUCCUUGUAUGUCCUGUGCUCUAGCCUUCUAACCAACUUUGUGGCCUUCCACUGAAAUUGCUGCAGUGCCCUUCUUGUAUGGAGGAGCACAAAUGUGGAUGCAGUCCUCCAGAUGUGGUCUCACAAGCGCUGAAUAGAGAGAAAUAAUAAUUUCCCUCAAUGUGCUGGCUGCGCUCUUGACAACUGUUGUGGACAACAAGAUAGUCGGGGUAUUUCACUGGUUGGGGAUGCAUCACUGAUGAUGAUAAUGACCUCUCAAAGAUGCUGUAGAGUGGCCUCACAGUGCCAUCAGCCAGCUCCUUCAGUGCCUUCAGAUGCAUCCUGUCUGGUUCCAUGGACUUAGGUAUGUCCAAUGGGAUUAAGUUCUUGCUAACUCAAUCUUCCUUGGCUGUAGGUAACACUCUGCUAGUAGACCCAAGGACCUGGUAGGCCUGAAGGCAGACCUUAUCAGUGAAAACAGGCAAAAAAGGUGUUGAAUACAUCGGCCUCAAGGUACAAAGUGCAUCUUUUGUCACCAGGUUGCCUGCAUCAGUGAACAGUAAAACGAUGUUUUCUUUAACCUUUCUUUUGCUUCCCGUGUGCUUAAAAAAGCCCUUCACAUUUCUUACCAGUUUCAACUCCAGCUGAGCUUUGAUUUUCCUAACUGUCUCUGCAUGCUUGGGCUGUGUCCCUAUAUCCCUGCUGGUCACCCCAUCCUCACUUCCACCACCAUGUACUUUUUUCUGUGUGUUUGAACUCAGUCAGGAGUUCCUUGAUCAUCUGUGCUGGCCUUCUGUCAUACCUGCUUUACUUUCUGCUCAUCAGAAAUGACUGUUCUACUUUGAGAAAGCUGUCUUUGGAGAGAAGGCAGCACUCUUGUUCCCCCUUGGGAGGCCAGGGGAGUCCCUUGUGAGAUCCUGCCAAGGCGUUCCUUGAAUAAACCAAUUAUUUUGUCCUAAAAGUCCAGGACUCGGUUUGUCUUGUACAUGUUUCUCAGGAUUUUAAAUGCCAUAAUUCCAUGUCUGCUGCAGCCAAGACCUUCACCAUUCUCCACCAAUUCUUCCUUGUUAGUAACAAGUCCAGCAGAGCUUCUUCUCUAGUUGAUUUCUUGAUCAUCUGGUCAGGGCAGUUGAUGUGGUUUUCUGGAGAGAAUGAAGCAGCUUUUACUGUUGGUGUGAGCCAGUACUGGCAAUGCAAACUUUUCCUUUGCUCUCAUUGGAUUGAGUGCAGCAACUUCAGGCUGGCUGAGGUUUCCUAUUCAAAGUUGUUAUCUUGACAACUUAGUCUGAAACAGAAUCUAUUUUGCUGCUUGCUUUUAUGGCUCAGCUGACUGAUGGCAUUUUUUUUUAUUCUGCACAAUCCUCAGUUGAUCAACUCAGUCUUUAAGUUGAUUCAGUGAGUGUAUCUCUCAAAAAAGCUAGAAUGAACAUGAAUCAAGAAUGAACAGCCACUUAAACUGGCUUUAUACCUGGAACCCAUUGGGAUGUUUGAGGGAGAUUUACCAAACCUCCCAUUUGUCCUUACGAUUGCAAGUUUAUCUUUUGAAAGAAUGAGCUCCAGGCAUAGUAUUUUUGUUUCUGUAUAACAUGCCUAGCCUUAAUUCUUUUUUCUUAACUGUAUUUCUCUUCCACUUUAUAGAAGUGGAAGCCAAACAUAAAAUUCCUCAGUGUCUAAUAAGAAUGUGUGACCACAGUCUUUUUUUAUGGACAUUGGAGUUAAAAUUACCCAUCACAGUUUUAAAGGUUUCUCCUGGGGGGUGAAUUCUAGCUAUUUGAAGCCUAGUCAGUAGUAGAACAGUGGACCAGCGUAUCAGGAAAUCUUUAUUUUGAUUCCCUCUGAGUCACCAUUAGGCAUGCUUCAGUGUCCCUGUUUUCUCAUCUGUAAGAAAGAGAAUAGUAGUAUUUGCCUCUUAGAAGUGUGUUUGAGAUUUAGUUACUAUUCCAAAAAGGCACUAUGAUCCUUCUGAGAGUUUUGUGAGAGUUGUGAGCUUUUCUUCCAUUUGUGUAGGACUGUUGCUGGCUGGAGAAUGCUUAGAUGGACACCAAAAUAUAUAUCACUGUAUGAUACUGGUUUUAAGCAAAGCCACUUAUGAAGAAAUACAGCACAGUUGUGCUGUUCAACUGCCCGGGUACAAGGAAGGCAUUUGGGGUGGUAUCUUCUCACUCAGCUUUAGAUGCCUGCAGCUAAAUUUGUUCCUCUGGGCUCCAUUUGCAGCUGAAGAGAAAUAGUCAUUCUUAGGCCACCGUUCAUCUGGCUGUGAAGCAGAAGUAUAAAGCAGGUCAGAUGAAUUGCAUUUUGAGAGAUGUCUGUUUCUCCCUUGGGUGCCCAUAAAGUGAGUUAAACUUGACUACCUCAGCUGAAGACAUCCGUACCAUCAGUGUCUGACUUCAGCCCUUCCUGUCUGGCAAUCAGAGCAGGUUUCCUGCCACUGGGCUGGUGCUUUUCCUCUUCUACACAUUUUGUAGAGCUUGCCAUUGAAAUGGUAGUACUGGGCUAAAAGCAGACUGCCCAACUUACCUAAACCAGCAGUCCCAGUGUUCUCCACAACACGCAGAAUGUGCUAGGCUGGGGCCUCGAGGCUCGGUUUGGUUUGGCCCUUGUGUCUUUGAUACUAUGUUAGAACACCUGCCAUUGGGCCUUUCUCUGUAGAUGCUUUGCCAAACUGUCGUAGUAAAGUAUUCUUGAGGCCUGGGGCACCUAAGUCCCUUGCACUGUUUUCAGGAGCUAGAGGACAGAGUGGCUGCUGCCAGCAUCGCUUGCUCAUUUGCAAGAUUUCAGGUGGGCUAAAAAUGAAAAUCUGCUGUUCUCCAGGGCUUUGGUUAAAUCUCCUAAGUGUCAAUCUUAAGUGCUUUCUUUGUGUUGCUCAUGUACAGAUAUUCUGUCUUACUUUUUAUUGUAUUUUUAUAUUUCACAUCCCUUUUCCACACCCAUUUCACCCUGUAACACGCACUCAGCAACAAGCCAAGCCUGAGUGCUUCAGGUAUAUUUAAAUACGGUGGAAAUUCAUCCUCCAUUGAUUCAGCUGUGUCGUUGCAGUGUGAGAGAGAGGUGUUAUUGAUUCUCUUUAGGAUGCAUGUUUAUGCAGAGAUGAGAAAUGCAUCAGCAUCGCUUGUACACUUAAAAAUGAUGGCAGAGUAAAAUCUGUACCUCCUGUUCCCCCGUUAUGUUAAGUGUUGCUUCUGACAUUUGUGUGCUUGAUGUUUCCUUUUAUGCAUAUGGAAGCUUUACCUUCUGGGUGAGCCCUUCCUCUCUGACUGUUUGCCGUCCUUAGAUUUACGGUGGUGUUCAUCAUGCAUGAAAUAGUAAAAUCUCAAAUCUAGCCCACAAAGUCAGAUGCAGACAAUAUGCUCUUUUGAUGAAUCAAAUAAGAUUUUUCUAGGCGUUAAUGCAGCCUUGGGCGACUAGUGAGGAGUUCACUGACCAUGUAAUCCCCAAAUUUCAAGGCACAGUUAGAUUAUGCAGUGGGUUGGAAUGAAGCUCAGCUCUCGCAGUUGUCGUUUUUUUGCUGGUUGCUGGUGAAGCGCUCUGCCGACCCGCCCGCUUCACUAGUCUGCAGUUUUGUUGGUUCUUUCAUCUUUCUCCCUUUUCUUUCCAAAGGUGGGUGGAUGGCAAAUUGGAAUAUUGAGUAUUGACCAUGUCCAUAUCCAGUAGCACUGAUGUCUUUAGUGAUUUAUUUUGCCAUGAUUGAAAUUGGUGGGAACUUUGAUAUCAAUUUGGAGAGCAAGAUCUGUGAAUUACUUGGCUUUUGAAGUGUUUUGCAUGGGAAUCAUACAAGAUUGUAGUUGAGAGAGUGCUGUGUAUCGUAUUCCUUUUUCCCUCUAGCAAUACCUUUUUAUUCCUUUUGAAGAGUUUUGCCUGGUAUCCAACAAAGCUCACUGUAUAAACAGCAGUGGAACAACUGUAGUAUACAGCUGUAUAUCAGGCUGUGCUACCUAGUGAUUUAAUUCCAAGACCAGCCGUACUAAUUUGAAUAUGCAUAAUGCUGUGCAGAAAAAGAGAUGUUUCCUGCAUAGAAAUUUACAAUUUAAAAAGAAAACAGGAAAAUAAGAUUAGGUAGGGUAGGUGAGGCCAAUCUGAUUAUGUGCUCAAUUCUGAGACUAAUGCACAUGUUACGUGUGCAUGAUGUUUUACUUAAAAUGUUUUUGUACAUGCAUGUGAAUGAAAUACGUAACUUUGCUUGUGGUUAUAUGGAGCAAAAUUGCUUGGAAAUAUUUCAGGGUUGGUUUUUUUUGUUUGUUUUUUUUUUUUUUUUUCCUUGCUCUCCUGGAGAGAGU